UAAGGCUGCGCCACGCUCCUGCAUCUGUUGUGAUUCGGCUGAAGAUAGGUUUGAGUUUUAACCAUUAAACAGUGUUUAAAUUAGUGCAACUCGUUCAGAUAAGUUUAUAGUUUUACAAGAACUGUAGAACGAAUUAUUACUGAACAUAACAUCGCAAUGCUUCAUCUAACAUCAAUGAACGUUAUUUGUGAGUAAAGCAGAUCCGCACGAGUAACACAAAGUGCGUUUCAUUUCGAUCCUUAUAACAUAAAUCAUUGUAUCGUAAACACGAAUUCAGUCUCUUGCAAGCAGGAAUGAGAGAAACGGAGCUUUUCGAAACUCAGUUAAUUUACAAAAUGAUUGAGUGAUUCGAAUCACCGCAAGCGACACCAGCUGUUCGAAACCUGGCAGAAGAACGCUCGGUGAAGCGACAGAUAUCCACGUCAAUUUGAUAAAGAUGGCGUUUAUUAAAGAGGAGAGUGAAGACGUGAAGAUUGAAGAAGCAUUCAGAGUUAAACAAGAAGAUACUGACACACAAACAGGCCUGAUGGCGCUGAAAGAGGAUAAUCAAGAGCUGAAUGAAAAAGAAGAUAAAGAUGAGAAACAUGAUUUCAUGACUGAAGAAAACAUUUUUAAUUGCUCUGAGACUGAAAAGACUUUGUCAAGAAAAAAAGCUAAAAAGACAGCGACUAAAGGCAAUUACACCUGCCAACAGUGUGGAAAGAUUUUUAAUCAAAAUAGAAACCUUACAGUCCACAUGAGAGUUCACACUGGAGAGAAGCCUUAUACAUGCCAGCAGUGUGGAAAGAGUUUCAGUCAAAAAGCAAGUGUUAAAGUCCAUAUGAGAGUUCACACUGGAGAAAACCCUUACACCUGCCAACAGUGUGGAAAAAGUUUCAACAGAAAAGGAAACCUGACAGUCCACAUGAGAGUUCACACAAGAGAAACCCCAUUCUCCUGCCAACAGUGUGGAAAAAGCUUCACUCAGAAAGGAAGCCUUAAAGUUCACAUGAGAAUUCACACUGGAGAAAACCCUUUUACCUGCCAAGAGUGUGGAAAAAAUUUCAUUCGAAAAGCAAGUCUUAAAAGCCAUAUGAGAGUUCACACUGGAGAGAAGCCUUUCACAUGCUCUCAAUGUGGAACAAGUUUUAAACAUAAAGGAACCCUUAAUGCCCACAUGAGAAUUCACACUGGAGAGAAGCCGUUUGUGUGUGGUCAGUGUGGAAAGAGUUUCAGAUUUACAGUAACCCUUAGUCACCACAUGAUAAUUCACACAAGAGAGAAACGUUUUAUAUGUCAUCAGUGUGGAAGGAAUUUCACAGACAAGAAGCAUCUCAAGAAUCAUGUAAAGAUUCAUUUGGGAGAGAAGCCUUUCAUGUGCCAUCACUGUGGAAAGACUUGCAAAAACAAAGCAAACCUUGAGGUUCACAUAAGAGUUCACACUGGAGAGAAGCCUUUCCCCUGCCCUCAGUGUGGAAAGCGUUUCGCACUCAAAGGAAACCGUGAGGUUCACAUGAGGCUCCACACUGGAGAGAAGCCUUACAAGUGUCUUAAAUGUAAGAAGAGUUUCAUGUAUCUUAGAGAGCUGAAAUGUCAUUUGCAAACUCAUUCUCAAAAGAAACUACAACAUUCAGUGUGUGAAAACAAGUUUACUAAGAGGAGCAAUUUCAAAAAUCAUCUCUUUGUUCGCUCUGGAGAAAGGCGAAUUAAUUGUGAUCAGUGUGAUAAAAAAUUUCUUUUGUCAUCACACUUACAGAUACACCUGAAAAGUCAUGCAGAUGUGAGACCCUAUUCUUGUUCUUUCUGUAGAAAGAGUUUUAAAUGGCUCAGCAGUUUAAAAUGGCACCAGAAAACAUGUAUAUCUGUGAAAUCAAAGCUACUGUCAUAUAAAUGAAAAACUUCAAAUAAUGAAUAAAACACAAAUAUAUUAAAUUAUAAAUUAAAAUGCUCCAUCGGGACAAGACCAUGGGAAUCAGAUAAGCCCUUUACACAAUCUGACAUGGCUGUGGUUGGAAUUGAACUGCGGGUUUCAUCUGGCCAGAGGAGAACUGGCCCCCCGACUGAGCCUGGUUUCUCUCCAAGUUUUUUUUUUUUCCUCCAUUCUGUCACAGAGGGAGUUUUGGUUCCUUGCCGCUGUCGCCUCUGGCUUGCUCAGUUGGGGACACUUAAUUUCUAGCGAUUAUCGGCAAUUUGAUUGCACAGAUACUAUUUAAACUAAACUGAGCUAGACAAUGACAUCUCUGAAUUCAAUAAAGAAAUGCCUUUAACUGAAAAUUGAGUGUUUAAUCUUAUCAUUAUAAAUUACUGAUACUCGAUCCUCCAAUUUGAUACUGUUAAGUGCUUUGACACAAUCUGUAUUGUUAAAAGCGCUAUAUAAAUAAAGGUGACUGGACUACUUUCACGCUGCAAGUGAAUGUGGGCCAAAUGGAUUUUCUGCUCUUUUUUUUGCCUUUGGUGAGGCUGAUCUGCAUAAGAUAUGGAUUAGAGGUUUCCUCCCUCAG